CACAUUCAACACCUCCUUCGACUUCGCUGCUACAGUAGGCUAGCGCGCUUUCCAGGCCAGGCCCCUCGCCCGCCCCGUCUGCCAAUGCCCAUCCAGCGGUACCCGUCACCCACCCUCACUUCUGCCUUUGUUCGCUCCGCUUCUUUCUCCAGAGCCAACUGCCCCAACCUAAACCAAACCAACCCAACCCCAUCUCCUCCCUCGAAGCUCUCUCUAUAUUUAGCAUCACCCACCACGCAUCACGCAUCACAUCCGAUCGUCUAUCAGUUUAUCGUCCACCAUCACCACCACCACCACAAAAAAAAAAGUCAUCGACCCUGCUCCUGGCCCAUCGCAAACCAGCCAAAAACCCAACCUCAACACCCAACCACUAUAUCUUCACUGCUUCCCCCGUGGCCCAAGGUCAAUUGCACCCGGCAAGACCCCGUUGUAUCACCAUCUCUCUGUUUGUGUUUCAUCGUCCUUUCUCCAGCAGACUGUUCCACCUCGGUCGGUCGCAAAUUGCAUCACAUCGCACACUCUCUCUCAUAUUAUCUCGACGAGCUUCUCUCUUUCUUGUCACCUCAACUUCAGCCGCAUCGUCUCUUGCGAGCACCCACUUCCACAUCCAAAAAUAAUUCACCACACCACGUUGACACCUCGACGGCAACAUUCCUUCACCACUGCUGCGCGUGCGCGCUCUCUUGACGACUCGUCGCGCUCGUUGUAUUCUAGUUUCAUAACAAAGUCAGUUGGAUCUUUGGCCAUCGUGCGCCCAUCUUCGAACCAGACAGCAGCCGUCAGCGAUAGCUCCAGCCGUGUUCCCAUCCCAAUUUUGACAACAACUACUCGUAACCUCAAAUCCCACGACAAAGGCCGAGGCGCUGGAUCCAUUCGUAGAACCCUCCUACCUUCCGCAGACUCGGCGCGUCGCCGCAAUGGGACGAAGAAAGAUUGAAAUCAAGGCCAUCAAGGAUGACAGGAACCGCUCUGUGUGAGUUUUUCCAUUUGCGCAAGACUGAUAAUGAGCCAAACCUAACUCGUGAAAUAGCACAUUCCUCAAGCGUAAAGGCGGUUUAUUCAAGAAGGCGCAUGAGCUUUCCGUCCUCUGCUCCGUAGAUGUCGCAGUCAUAAUAUUUGGCAACAACAAGAAGCUCUACGAAUACUCGAGUAGCGACAUUGGAGAGAUUUUGACGAGAUACCAAUACGUACGCGCUCAAUGCCCACAUUCAUAACAUUGCGACUAACUUUUAUAGUAUGGAGGCCCCAAUGAGCAUAAAGGACCCGCAGAUUUCAAUGGCAAAGGAAAGGAUAUGGACGACGACGAUGAUGAUGACGGAUCUGGUCCUUCGCACCACGGCUCCGUCGAACCACAAAUGAUGCCUGCUCACCCAUAUCCACAGCCUUUCCACCAAAUCAGACACCAGACACCUUCUGCCUCACCUCCAAUUCCCAAUGGAGUGUUUCCACACCAACGUCAGCAUACUCCGCAACCUGGUUCUCGUCCUUCAUCCAGAAAUGGCCCUCUUCCAAGAAGACAGAGUUCAAAUCUGGUUCCUCAGCACCAGCAGCCUCACCCACAGCCCAAUGGAUUCGCGUAUAUGCCAAACCCUCCCAUGUAUCAACCUCAGAAUGGACCGCCAGGACCUCCCCAUCACGCUCUUCCACCGCAUAUGCAACAACAUCAAGGACCACAAAUGCAAGCACCGCCUCAAGUAAUGCCUCAACAAGGACCCGGCCCACAAUAUCCAAAUUAUGGUCCACCUCCACAGCAGCAGCAUCCACAGCAAAUGCAACAAAUCUACAUAGAAGAACAGCGAAGAUCCUCAGUCCCACCACCAAAUUUCGCUCAGCAGCAGCAGCAAGAUAGACCUCCAUCUCGACCAAGUGUUUCUCCGCCACAACCUCAGCCUCAGCAAGUCCCUCAUCAGCCACCCCCUCCCCCACCUCAGCAGCAGCUCCCAAAGGUCAAACAGGAACAACAAGAGCCACAGCCGAUGCCUCAAAUGGCGGAACCAGUCAAACGCUUGUCUAUUAAGUCGAGAAGUAUUUUCACUCCAAUCGAUGAGGGGCGAUCUAUAUUGUCUCAACACUGGGCAACUUCAACUUCAAAUGCUGAAGCAGGGAGGAGUGAACCAGCACCUACUACGAAUAGGCCGCAUUCUAUAGAUGUGGCCACUGUUUCUCGCUCCCCUCCACCUCCUGCUCCUGUUAGGGCGAAUACGCAUACCAAGAGCUCUUCGACGAAUUCCACGGAUGGCUUUACACCACCAUCUCGAACAAAUUCGGCUCAAUUAGGAGGUGCAAAGAGACCGGUCCUGAAGGUGCAAAUUCCAGAAGGGGAUUCGGACAAUGGGAGCAACACUGGGUCCGCUACUAGUCCACCAUCUGGAAAUCCAACCAGUACCAAUCCUCAGCAAAAUGGGCAUAACGCGGAUGGCCACUCUGGGGUAGUUCUGCCGCCCCCUUCACCAUCUGCAUCUGCAUUGUUAUCGGCAGGGGCUUCUGGACCGCCAAAUCCCUUUGCCCGACCUCACCCUGUCUCCCAACCGUCACAGAAUUCCAAUACGAGCGGUAACAUUAUUGAUACGCCUGUUUCGGCCCUUCCCAGCCGAUUCAUGACAAAUGAGUUUCUUCCUAGCCCAAGCAGCUUCUACCCGGAGUGGAAUUUUAGAGGCAGCGACAGUAAUACGCUUCCAAGUCCUCUGAAUUUCGCAACUCCAGUAGUUGGCACCGGGCCGAGCUUCUUGCGAGAGGACUCCGGGGAUAGAGCCAAUACAAACAAGCGCAAGACACCUGAUGCUGAGGGGAGUGAUGGAGGUGAUGCCAAGAGGGCCAAACACGAUUCAUGA